AUGAUGCAGGCUGCUCUGCUGCUCACCCUCAGCUUCCUCGGCCAUCUCGCCUUCUGGCAGGCCCAGGCUGUUCCCGUCCUGCCCCUGAGCCUGGCCCCUGACACCUUCGAUGAUGCCUACGUGGGCUGUGCGGAGGAGAUGGAGGAGAAGGCAGCCCUUCUGCUGAAGGAGGAGAUGGCCCGCCACAAGCUGCUGCGGGAAUCCUGGGAGGCAGCCCAGGCGGCCUGGGGGCAGAAGCAGCGAGGGCUCACACUGCCCCCUGGCUUCAAACCCCAGCAUGGAAUCGCCAUCAUGGUCUACACCAACUCGACCAACAACUUGUAUGGGGAGCUGAACCAGGCGGUGCGGACGGGCGGCGUCUCCCGGGAGCACUACAUGAGGCAUUUCCCCUUCAAGGCCCUGCAUUUCUACCUGACCCGGGCCCUGCAGCUGCUGAAGGGGAGCGGGGGCUGCAGCAAGGGACCCGGGCAGGUGGUGUUCCGAGGUGUAGACACUCUUCGCUUUGAACCCAAGCGGGUGGGGGACUCUGUCCGCUUGGGCCAGUUUGUCUCCAGCACCCUAGACGAGGCAGUGGCCCGGAGAUUUGGUAACGCCACCUUCUUCUCCCUGAGGACUUGUUUUGGGGCCCCCAUCGAGGCCCUGUCUGUUUUUCCCAAGGAGCGCGAGGUGCUAAUCCCUCCCCAAGAAAUCUUCUUGGUCACCAAGUUCUCCCGAGAGGGAGCCCGGAACCUGGUGACUCUCAGCAGCCAUAAGACCUGCAGCUACUUUAACUGCGCCUAUCUGAGUGGGGAGAAGAGGCAGGGCUGUAUGUCUGUACCAACAGGGGGGGCAGCCAGAUCUAUCAUCCAGCAGGCCCUUCUCCCUGCUCUCCUGGAAGACCCUACACUUGGCCCCCAGGGGAUUCCAGCUCUCAGGAGCUGGGCCCUUGAAAGUCUAA